UUGGCAGUGUCUCGUGGAUCACAAACAACACGCAGCCAACAAUGAAGGUCCUUUUAGUACUGUGUGCACUCACGGUGUGCACAUCAGCCACUUUCGACCAACUGUUCAAAAAGAAGGACUUCGACUUGAGCGGGCUGUUUGACGGGCUGUUCGAAAAGGAGAAGCAUCACGGUCCACCGCCACCUCCUCGGCCCGUCUACGGCCCACCGCCACCUCCUCGGCCCGUCUACGGCCCACCGCCGGUACAUCACGCUCCGCCGCCGCCGCCGCCACCUCCGGCCUACGGACCACCGCCUGCCCCGGUGUACGGACCGCCGCCCCCGCAGUCGUACGGCCCUCCGCCACCAGUGCAUCACGCACCGCCGCCACCUCCGCCACCGCCACCACGUCCAGUGUACGGCCCUCCGCCACCAGUGCAUCACGCCCCACCACCGCCACCUCCGCCGCCGCCGCGCCCAGUGUAUGGGCCUCCUCCGCCAGUGCAUCACGCGCCUCCUCCGCCACCACCGCCGCGCCCAGUCUACGGACCCCCUCCGCCAGUGCAUCACGCACCACCACCGCCUCCGCCACCACCGCCGCGUCCAGUGUACGGUCCGCCGGCCCAGGCCUAUCACGCACCACCACCGCCGCCGCCGCCCCGUCCAGUCUACGGCCCGCCAGCAGUACAGUACGCACCUGCCCCACCGCCGCCACCACCGCCACAGCCCGCCUACGUCCCACCAGCACCGGUGUAUCACGCGCCCCCACCCGCCCCCGUCUACAGUGCACCCCCGCCAGCCCCCGCCUACCAGCCGCCCGUGUACAGUGCACCGCCGCCACCGCCGCCACCACCACCGCCACCACCGCCAGUCUACAGUGCGCCUGCCCCGCGCCCGGAACCGAUACAGCUGCUCCCGCUGCAGAACAACCCAGUUAGCUUUUCGGGCGCCAGCUCGGCUUCGGUCGCGUCCGGCUCGGUCACCAACGAUGGCUACCACUAUGGCGUCGGUCACGGCUCUGGCCACUAGCCGGCCCGGUGAGCACUGAGCUCAUUUCCCUUUUCACCCUCCGCUGUCUAACGGCUAUCGCCAUGCGCUGCAAUUAUUUCCCCCCCCCUCCCUAUCCCCCUAUCCGUACCGCCCCCGCUAGAGGGAACGAAUCCGCUUCCGGAUUGUGCAAUACCAAAAUAAUGUCUUAAUGUUUGUUAAAUAUGCUUCCCAAGCACCGUACCUUUUGCAGCGACGAGCUGCCCGGAGCAUUUCAGGGACACGAUUCUGCUUUAAUCGCGCCAAUUGUUAUCCCGAUACGCGCGUUGCCUACUGUUCUGCGCGAUCAGAUCAGCGGGAACGUCUAGCCACAGUGAAUCUGCACUAUUCAUUCAUCACCUAUGAGCACAGGGUCAAAUCUGUGGAUAGAUGGAAAGAGAGAGAGAGAGAGAGAGAGAAAGAGAAAGCGCACGAGAAAGGAUCGGCAGAUGUUUUGGCAGAGUAGUAACAAAGUAACAGUCUGAACAAAUACAGCAAGGGGCAAGUGUGAGCUGAGCGAUAUAAGGUGUUGUAUAAGGUGUUGCAGCGCAUAGAUCUGCGUGAGAUCAACACGUCUGCAAAAGCGCUGGUGACACUGCACAACCUCAGUCGCACUUGCUUCCAAUAUGGUUGCCAUAUGUCAUUAAAUCGUUUUUCAAACGGCAUGCUACAUGUACUGAAAUCAGUUUAUCAGUUUAUAAAGAAACAUGAAACGAAUAA